AGCAAAGGACUUGUCGCCUCAAAAGGGAAAAAAGUCGUAAAAAUUAUUUCAAUAUUUUUUUUUCUCGGUACUGCCAUGGAGGUGAUAGCCAUUGACAUGCCAACAUCGCCACCUAAGGUGGACAUGACCAAAAAACCCAAACGAAUGUCCUGUUGCCAGGCCUUGAAAAAAAGUUAUGUGGAAUUUUGUGCCACCUCUUCCAUUCACGGCUUCCAAUAUUUCGGCCACAGUCGCAAUUGGAAGGAGAAAUGCUUUUGGAUGUUGGUGUUUGUGGUGUCGUUGUAUUUUUGUGGUUCCAUGAUCUACAAGGCCUAUGUGAAGUGGCAUGAGACACCGGUUAUUGUGACGAUUUCCGAGAAAUCCACACCCAUAUGGAGUAUACCAUUUCCGGCGGUGACCAUAUGUCCGGAGACCAAGAGAGCCAUCAAUGAGACGGUCCUUUCCUAUUCCGAACUUUUGCUGGGCCUUCAAACCUACAUUGAAAGGGGUGAACAGUUUUCGGAGAAUUUCACCUCUUCCGAUUUGGAGGACAUACUCACCUUGCUACAGCUAUGUGAUGUCCAGACCAAUGCCAGCAUCUCCAGUGACUUCAAUGCUCCCGAAAUUAAUUUCAUUGGCCAGCUAAACAAAUUGUUGCCAGAUUUUCGAAAAUACUGUUUCAGCUGUGGCUGGUUCGGGGUGGAGACCACGUGCGAUCGAUUCUUUAUGAAGGUCUACACCGAUGAGGGUAUUUGCUUUACCUUCAACAGUUUGAAGGCCACUGAUCUCUAUCGUGAAGAUACCUAUCAGCAUCAAGAGAGUCUCUCGAACUCCGAGCUCAACAUUUCCAUGUUCAAUCAAUCUUUAACUUGGUCCCUGGAACAGGGUUUCACUACCGAUGGCGUGCUAAACACCUAUCCGGCCCGGGUAUUGGGUUCGGGUACCAUGGCCGGAUUUUUAACAGUCCUGCAAAAUUUUGCCCGCGAAGUGGACUACAGUUGCCGCUAUGUGGCCGAUGGUUUCAAGGUACUGCUACACUCGCCCGAUGAUGUACCCUCGUUGGCCAAACAUUUUGUCCACAUCUCGAUGGACAAGGAUGUCAUGAUUGCGGUGAAACCGAAAAUGAUAACCACCUCAUCGGGCAUUGCGGAAUAUCCACCGCACAAGCGCCAGUGUUAUCUGAACAAGGAUCGGCCGCUGCGCUACUUCAAGGCCUAUAGCCAAAACAACUGUGAGCUAGAAUGCCUGACAAAUUUCACCCUGCAACUUUGUGGCUGUGUGACCUUUUAUAUGCCCCGCAGUCUCAAGACCCCGGUGUGUGAUUCCCAGAAACUCAACUGCUAUCGCCAGGCCAAAGAUCAACUACUCUUCCAGCAAUUCAUGGAGGGCUUAAAGCACCCGCAAACUACCCUCAAUAACUGUGAUUGCCUGCCCGCCUGCACAGCCUUGGACUAUGAAACGGAAAUAUCAGAGGGUAGCUUCAAUGUAGCCAAUACUAUUAAUGCCGUGGCCAGUUUUCGGGAAAUGCAUGACCUCCGUCCUGACCUAACCAUGUCCAUGGUUUGGAUUUAUUUCAAGGAUAAUGAAUUUAUUACCUCACGACGUUCGGAGCUGUACGGUUUGACAGAUCUGAUGGCGAAUUUUGGUGGCGUAUGUGGCCUAUUUAUGGGUGUGUCUCUGCUAAGUAUCAUUGAGAUGUUGUAUCAUUUUACCUUGCGUUUCUGGUGGAAUCUCGGCCAUCCCAAGGAUAAGAAAUAAA